CCCCUUCCCCUUCCCUUUCCCCUUCCCCUUGGGUUGCAAAUCAGUGUUCUUGGAUUUUCUGUGUUUCUCUUUUUUUCUAAUUGAAAUUUUCAUUUUUUUCCUUAUUUGGUUUUGCAUUUUUUUUAAAAUUCUGUGUUCUUGGAUUGACAGGAGCAAAAGUUCUUGAUCGGAGUUGUUCUUAUGGUUCCUUGCUAUUCUGUAGAAUCGGUGAGUUUAUUUGCUAUUCUGUAGAAUCGGAGUUGUUCUUAUGAUCAAUGUUGCAAACUUUUGCUUCUAAAGAUGCUUGCAGUGGGAAUUUUUGUUGUUAGACUCCUGUGACUUCUUUUAUGACUCUUCAAUAGUCUGAUCAAUAAAGUCUUUGUUUUGAAUGGUUUUCUUUUGUUGCAAAGGAUGGUGCACAGGAUGAAUUCAGUUUUAUGCUGUAUUUUAAAAUGCUAUGCUGUAUGUAUGUUGAUCUGCAUUUUAUUCUCUUGUGUUCUUUGUCUGGUGAUGUUCAAAUUGUUAGGGAGCUUGUUACAAAUUUGUUAACGGUUUUGUUUAUUAAUGUUUUCUCUGUUCAUUGUCUUGGCUUUUCUAAUCUAUUCAUCCUUAUUCUGCAGCAUAUUGAAGACUUGACUCAGGAAAAGUUUUCACUGCAACGAGCUCUUGAGGCCUCACGUACAUUAGCAGAAUCUUUGGCUGCUGAAAAUUCAUCUUUGACUGAUAGUUAUAACCAACAGAGAAGCAUUGUCAACCGGCUAAAAUCUGACAUGGAGAGCUUACAAGAAGAAAUCAAGGCCCAACUGGAUGGUGCACAGGAUGUUGUUGAACUUUGGCCUGCAAUGCAAUAGGAAACCAGCAGCAAACUAGCGUGCAGACCAGCAUCCAAGCUGAACCAGAUAAGCAGCAGCAUUUUGUUUAUUUUGUUCAUUUUUAACUUGAUUUAGUUGCAAUGUAAUUUAUACUUAAAGUUAGUAGGAGUAGUUGUUGAUUUAUGUUUGAUGUUAUAGCUGGUAUGUCAGCUACAUUUUGUUUGUAAUUCUAUCUAGGCUUUAGUCAUGUAUCUUAUACUUGACUCGUUCAAGCUUUUGAUGGUUUUUGAACCAUGAACAAUAAGAAAUGAAUCAGAUAUGUUGAUGAAGAAUUGAACA